GGGCCAAACACAAAAGGAAGGAGAUCCAUGAAUAGAUUAGAAAGAGGUUCCGACGGUUGAAACCCAAAAAACAAACGGCUAUCUAAACCCCACGCCCUUGCAGCUAAAACCCUCGAUUUCAGUUAUAGAGCGAGAGCGAGAGAGAGAGACAGAGAGAGAGAGAGAGAUGUUUGGUAGGCUAGCAUUUCUGAAGAGGAUCAAGGCUCCGAAUGGGACAUACAAUUUCAGGAAAACGACGCCGUCUAUGGUUUUCCGCGAGCAGCCCACCGGAUUCUUCGCUUCCCAAGUAGCAACCAAAUGCUUCAGAUCUUUGCCCAAGGGUCAUUAUGUGCCAUCUUUCAGAAAUUUGUCCACCGUGGCAUCUACUGGCAUCAAUUGUAGGGAGGGAGUAAAGCUACUAGUAACUGGGGGCUCCUCUGCUCAGAAAAUGGUCGGGAUAUGGCUUUUUGGCUCUGCUGCAUGGGUGUUUAGUAUGGUGGUACUCGGUGGUGUUACAAGACUGACACGUUCUGGCCUUUCCAUGACUGAUUGGAAAUUUACUGGCAGCCUCCCUCCUCUAUCAGAUGAGGACUGGUUGCAUGAGUUUGAGAAAUAUAAGCAAUCCCCUGAAUAUAAGCGUGUAAACAAAGGGAUGAGCAUUGAAGACUUCAAAUUCAUAUAUUGGAUGGAAUAUGCACAUCGUAUGUGGGGAAGGACACUGGGUCUUAUGUUUGCUUUGCCCUUUUCAUAUUUCCUUCGUAAGGGAUAUAUCACUUUAGGGCUUGGACUGAGACUUUCUGCUCUUUUUGCCCUUGGUGCUGGGCAGGGUUUAAUUGGCUGGUGGAUGGUUAAAAGUGGUUUGGAGGAGCCAGCAUCUGAAUAUGCCCAGCCAAGAGUAAGCCCUUACCGCCUUGCAGCUCAUCUUACCUCCGCAUUUGCUAUUUAUUGUGGCCUUUUCUGGACUGGUCUUUCUGUUGUUAUGCCUGAACCACCUGCUGAAUCAGUAGCUUGGGUUCGUGGAGCGGCAAAAGUAAAGAGGCUUGUCCUUCCUGUUAGCUUACUUGUUGCCAUUACUGCUGUCUCUGGAGCCUUUGUUGCUGGAAAUGAUGCUGGGCAUGCAUAUAAUACUUUUCCAAAGAUGGGUGAUACAUGGAUACCAGAAGACGUUUUUGACAUGAAGCCACUGAUUCGAAAUUUCUUUGAGAAUACAUCAACUGUGCAGCUUGACCACCGGAUCCUUGCAACUGUGACCUUAAUUUCAAUUGGCACUUUAUGGUGGUCAACAAGGAAGCUGGACAUACAUCCAGCAGUUAAAUCUUUGAUAGGAAGCACUGUUGGCAUGGCUUCCCUCCAGGUCACCUUAGGGAUAUCAACACUUCUGUCGUAUGUACCUGUUUCACUCGGCACUGCACAUCAGGCGGGGGCCUUGACUCUUUUGACACUUAUGAUGUUGCUCAAUCACACUGUGAGGAGGCCCUCAUUGUCCCUUCUCAAAUCUCUGCCUCAAGUCGCAAAGACAGCCUAGAUAUUUGUUAGCUUCAUUUUUGUAACAAGAAUUUAGUCAUAUUAAUUGUGGAUGCUGGAUGCAACAAGUUUUUUCCUUUUCUGAUUUCUCUUUUCAUAUAUCAAUCUCCAGUGUUCUAGUUCAGGAGUCCCUCUUGGCUUUUAGUGGUAAAGCAUAUGAGCUUUAUUAAUUUGCAGCAAUGAUAAGCAUUAAUCUUAUUGUAUUUUUGUAAUUGAGUGGUCAACAACUUUGUUGUCAAUGAAUAUAGAUGCCAUUUUUUGGUACAUUAUGAGGAUUUUCAAGUUUGAAACUCUUAUACACAAGCAACUUACCGA